AAAAAAUAUAUUAUUAUUAGCAUGCUCAAGCAUGGGAUUUUCCUCAUAUAGGCUGGGUCCAAACGAGUCUACUGGGGGGAAAGAUGAGUGGAAACAAUUGUUCUGACAUUACUCUUAUACCACCACAAAUUCAAGCAUCAUCUUUCCCUUCGAUACUGCAUAAAAAGUGCUUAGUUGGAAAAAAAUAAGCAGUUCAGUUCAGUUUAUUUUAUUUAGUUUAGGUGCAGUGAAAAGCUUUUGUUGCAUGCUAUCCAGUCAGCAGAAAGACUAUAGAUAAUUACAAUUGAGCCAUUUACAAAGUAUAGAUACAAGGGAAGGUUGACACAAAAUGCUGGAGUAACUCAGCGGGACAGGCAACAUCUCCGGAGAGAAUGAAUGGGUGACUUUUUAUUCGAGACCCUUAAGGGAAUAACAUUUAGUGCAAGGUAAAGUCAGCAAAGUCCAAUCAAGGAUAGUCAGAGGGUCACCAAAGAGGUAGAUAGUAGUUCAGUACUGCUCUCUGGUUGUGGUGGGAUGAUUCAGUCACCUGAUAACAGCUGGGUAGAAACAUCCUUAGUCUGGAGAUGUGCGUUUUCAUGCUUCUAUACCUUUUGCCGGAUGGGGGAAGGGAGAAGAGGAAGUGACCAGGGCGCAACUCAUCCUUGAUUAUGCUGCUGGCCUUGCCGAGGCAGUGUGAGGUAUAAAUGGAGUCAAUAGAAGGGAGGUUGGUGUUUGUGAUGGUCUGGGCUGCGUCCACAAUUCGCUGCAAUUUUCUUGCGGUCUUGGGUGGAGCCGUUUCCAAACCAAGGUGUGAUGCAUCCUGAUAGAAUGUUUUCUAUGGUGCAUCUGUAGAAGUUGGUGAGAGUUGUCGGGGACAUGUUGUCUGACAACUUCGUAAGCCUUCUAAGGAAAUCAAGGCAGCAGGGGACAGUAAGAGUGCUGGAGACAAAGCCGAGUGUCAAAUGUGUAGGAAGGAACUGCAGAUGCUGGUUUACACUGAAGAUAAGGCACUAAAUGCUUGAGUAUCUCAGUGGAAGAUGCAGCAUCUCUGGAUAGGAGGAAUGGGUGACGAAUCAGUGUUAAAUAGCUGGCACUGGUAAAUUAUUAGCCCCACGCUCAAAAAAUGAUUAAGCCACAAGUGUUCAAGCAUUUUUAUCUCUGAAGAAUACAGUUAACUGCAAAGAUGUGUAGAUCAAUUGGCUUCUGUAAAUUCUCCUUCGUGUGCAGGAUAGAACUAGUGUGUGGGUGAUCGCUGGUUGGUGCAGAAUCGGUGGGCCGGAGAGCUUGUCUCCACGCUGCAUCACAGAACUAGUGACACCUGGAGUAUUGUGUGCUGUUUUGGUCCCCUCAUUUGAGCAAGGACAUUCUUGCUAUUGAGGGAGUGCAGCGUAGGUUUACAAGGUUAAUUCCCGGGAUGGCGGGACUGUCAUAUGCUGAGAGAAUGGAGCAGCUGGGCUGUACACUCUGGAGUUUAGAAGGAUGAGAGGAUAUCUCAUUGAAACAUAUAAGAUUUUAAAGGCUUGGACACGCUAGAGGCAGGAAACAUGUUCCCGAUGUUGGGGGAGUCCAGAACCAGGGGCCACAGUUUAAGAAUAAGGAGUAAGCCAUUUAGAACGGAGACGAGGAAACACUUUUUCUCACAGAGAGUGGUGAGUCUGGAAUUCUCUGCCUCAGAGGGUGGUGGAGGCAGGUUCUCUGGAUGCUUUCAAGAGAGAGCUAGAUAGGGCUCUUAAAAAUAGCAGAGUCAGGGGAUAUGGGGAGAAGGCAGGAACGGGGUACUGAUUGGGGACAAUCAGCCAUGAUCACAUUGAAUGGCGGUGCUGGCUCGAAGGGCCAAAUGGCCUACCCCUGCACCUAUUGUCUAUAACUAAACACUAUGAGAACAGAACAGGUAAAGAGGGAAGAGGGAAUGAAAGAGAUGCAUUAAUUUCCCUUGAAACCUGGAUUAACAUUUUAACUGGAAGGGUCUUUAAUGAGGCCUGGGCUGUGAAUUACAUUGUCAAUACUGUUUGGUUGAAUUCAUUUCGUUUAUCAUUAUUAAUAGCCAUGAGUACCGACAUACAGUGUGAGGGAAGAGAAGGAAAAGUACCUUCCUCCACUUAAUGUUUAAGAAGGAACUGCAGAUGCUGGAAAAAUCGAAGGUAGAUAAAAAUGCUGGAGGAGCUCAGUGGGUGAGGCAGCAUCUAUGAAGUGAAGGAAUAGGUGAUGUUUCGGGUCGAGACCCUUCUUCAGACUGGGUCUCAACCCAAAACGUCACCUAUUCCUUCGCUCCAUAGAUGCUGUCUCACCCGCUGAGUUUCUCCAGCAUUUUUAUCUACUUUGCUCCAUUUAAUAGCAUCCAUUUUGACAUUUCCUCUUUACUAGUACUUCUAUCAUUGAAACAUGCUGUCACUAUCUUAUUCAAGAGCUUUUGGUAAGAACAUGACAAUGGAAAACAAGUUUGUGGGGUUUGCAUGAGGUUUUGAAAUUAACCUCUUAAAAAAAAAAAAAUCUUACUUUCCACUCACUUCAACAACUUUUAUUCAAAACUAAACUUGCAAAUGGAUUGCUUUACAAUCAAACAGCAAGAAGGAUGAGGAAGAGCGAGCUAGGUGCAAUCUUUCACAGAAGUACCAUGUUGAGUGCAGUGUUGCACCGGCAAAGGUUGUGUAACUGCACACAAAUGUUCAACCUUGGCGAACUUAAGAGAGCAAGAGCAAAUUAAAACAUCACAAAUAGGUUUACAGGAAAUAUGGUGUCGUUCGUUGACUAUGGCACGAGAAGCAAGCAACAUUUUACAAAUCAGGCAUUUGUUGUCUAAUCUUUAAUGGAUUUUCGACCAGGUUUUAUUUGCAAAACUCAAGCCUGCUACUAAUUUCUUCACGUCCGGAGAACAUACAGUGCUCUUACUUCCCUUUUAUUGAAACCUCAAAAUUAACAAGUGACACCACAACAGCAGAUGAACUUGAUUGGUUUGGAGUAUUCAUUUAAGUACUUGCGUGACAGUAAAUGCAAAGUGAUCAGUCUUACAGAGAUCUGUAUUACAUGUGAUAACCAAGAAACAGCAGUACCAGACACAUUCUUCAGGCUCCAAGCCCAAGCUCCGUCUGUGGUACUGAAAAGUCAUCAGCUGUUCUAGGGCUUUGAAAUCCUGUGUCUUCAAAACUAACAUGGCAGUAAUUCGGUUGACUAUAUUGGCACUGCUAGUCAAUGGCCUGAUAGUCAAUGGCCUGAAUGGUUUAAACAACACAAACUUUAAUUUAGCAGAAGAAUUAAAUACAACUUUGAAUGCAUCAUCAAGUACCCCAAUGCCUCUGACAUCUUUGACAACCAUGAAUAUGCCGAAUGCAAGUGGACAGACAAAUGACCUUCCCAACACAACUUCCGAUUUGGCAACUACGUUUCCCAACAGCUCACAAACGGUAUCAAAUCAUUCGUCGGAGCCAUCUGUUUCAAAUUCGGCCUCUCCAUCAACUUCGCCUGUGACAAAAGUUGAUAGCAAUACUAAGUCACUGACUUCUACAACAGUGAGGAAGUCAACCGGAAAAAAUAGUAGAAAAGGCCAAGGCACCAACUUAAAUGCAAGCAUGAUCAUCGCUUGCAUCAUUGGAGGGCUAUUGCUGUUUAUGGUGGUCGCCAUAAUUGUGAUCCUCCUGGUGAAAAGAUGCUCGAGAAAGUAUAAUGUGCAGGACACGCCAUGGGCAGGAACUUGCCCAGGUGUCAUCAGUAAUGACCCCGAACAUCCAGAUGAAGGCGGUGAUGCUCCAGCAAAACGCCCCUCGCUCACCAGCUUCCUCUCGAAAAAGGGAAAACGUGAUUCCUUACUGGAUAACUACAGCAUGGAGUUGCAGGCGACUGAAGGGGUCAAUAACUUGGCUUCAACUGAGUCAGAAGAAAAGGCACUGUCUGCUGACGUCAAAGGGGAUAAUGAAAUAGUAAAAGAACCGCCAGCUUUAACUAAAACAACUAGUCAAGAGUUCCCACCACUGCUCGAGGAACAUGAUAUUCCGGAUGAAGCUGACGCGCAGCCUCCACUGCCUGCAACAGAUACAGAGACUUCAAAGUUACCAGAAGGUCCAUCUGAUGCAGAUUCAAAAUAUUUUGAUAUGCCCCCUCCGCCAAUGGAUAUUGUGGAUCUUGUGAAUAAUUCUGAUUUGCCUCCGCCUCUCUAAUGGGAGGUUUGAAAAGAUCAAGUGUUUGCUUCAGAUCACACGAGUGGAAAGCAAGGUUCUCCGAAGUGGGCCCAGAGUCACUUUCUUCUGAAGCAAAUCCGUUUGUGCAUCAGCAGAUGCGCACUGUAUUUUUAAAUUAGAUGUGGUAAAAUUAUCCAUUAUACCUAAAGUGCAAAACAUUGCAUCUUCCUAAUAUGCAAGUUAGAUGUGGGUUCAUGAAUACAAAUGCAAAAUUUCCUCAGCGUUGCGAUCUUGUUGCUGCACUUCUGCUUUUGUUAAAAGUGUGGACAAACAGAUUUCAUAGUUUAAAAAAUAUAUAUUUUCAGAUAUUGAAGCCUGUAUUUCACUCUCUUUUUUUUCACUCCCAUCUAACUGAACAAAGGGAAAUUAAUUAACAAAGAAGAAUUUUAGCACGCUCCUCUUUUGGAUUACCUGGCCAUCAAACCAUUUUUCAGCAAUCAUUCAACAUUGAGUGAUGAGGAAGUCAACUAUGAACAAACACAAGCACCAGUAUUGUCUCAAAUGGAGAGCAAGAAUGAUCAUCGCUUGCAUCAUUGAAAUUCAUACUGCUGUAAUAAUGCUACUGUAAAUGCAGCAUUCUCUCUAUUCCGAUGGAAAAACAAUUUUAAAGCUAAAAAUGAAAAAUGAAACACCACUAACAAUUAAGCAUUCUUAAGUGGUUAUUCAGGGUACUGUCCAUUUCACCUCUACCCCCAUUGUGGACAAUGGACUUAGUCCAUGGAACUGAUGCGCCACAAUGCUGAGAACUAUAUUCUGCACUCUGUAUCUUCCCGUCUAUUGUUCUUGAGUUGACAUGAUUGUAAUUAUAUAUACUAUAUCCGAUCUGUCAUUAAUAGCAUGCAAAACAAAGCUUUUUACGUUACCUCUGUACACAUAACAAUAAUAAUAAGUCUAAACUCCAUUUUUUUCCACCAGACAAAAUUCAAAUUCACAGGAAGGACAUACAAACUCUGUCAGGACUGAAUCACGGGCGCUGGUGCUGCAAGGCAGCAACUCUACAGCUGUGCCACAUGGUAGAGUUUGCUCCCCAUGUCCAGCUCAGUUCACCUGGAGAUACAUCUGACUUCAGCUCACAACUGUGCACAUGUUGUUGGUAUGCCAAACUCUAAUGAUGGUCAUGUGGAGGAAUGAGGAACAUUUAUAGUUGAACAAUCAUGAUUACAUUCCAGAUAACCUCUGGCUGCUCAUUAUGCAUAUGUCAACACUUUUGGGGAGAGCAAGGUUUAGCGGUAAAACCUAUGUGAAAGUGCACUGUUGUUUCAUCUUUAGGCACUUGGGAUCAAUUGAUCAAAAUAUAUGGAAUCAUUGCUAGCAGGUUUUACAAGAAGCAGCAAGUGCCAGAAGUUUCGACCAAACUGUGCACGAAGGCAAGAACGCAUUUUGUAGUUCCACCAACUUCUGUAGACCCACUAGUUAAGAAAAUUUUAAUUCUGUGCCUGGAAUUUGGGUUGUACAGUUAUAUAACACAAAAACAGGGUUGUCAACCCAACUCAUCUAUGCCAAACAAAUUAUCUGAGCUUGCAUUUCCCCUAUCUCCCUCAAAAUCUUUUCUGUAUAAAUAACUGGCCAAAUGGCUUUUAAAUAUUGUAAUUGUACCAGCAUUCAAAGCUUCCUCAUUCCAUAUACCCAUCACUCUCUGUGUUAAAAACAUGUCCCUCAGGUCCUCCUUUCAAUCCUUCAUCUCUCACUUUAAAUCUAUGCUCUCUAGUUUUGGGCACCUCUACCCUAGAAUAAGGAUUGAGCAAUCACCCUAUCCAUGCCACUCAUGAUUUUAUAUAUCUAAUAAGGUCACCCCUCAGCCUCCUGUGCUCCAGGGGG